AUGUCAUUCCGUACACAACAUGACACAGUUAUCGAUGAUGAUGACGAGUCAUGUCCCCUUUGCAUCGAAGAGUUCGACCUGUCAGAUAAGAACUUCAAGCCAUGUCCCUGUGGAUAUCAGAUCUGCCAGUUUUGCUACAAUAAUAUAAAAACACAUAGUGAAGAAGGUCGAUGUCCAAACUGUAGACGUGUAUAUGACGAAAGCACAAUCCAGUACCGAGUUCCAGAUGCCGAUGAGUUUAAAGCGGAUUUGGCAUUGAAACAUCGCAAAGCUGCCGCAGCUAAGAAGCGGGAAGCCGAAAAACGAGAAAUAGAAGCGUCCAGUCGGAGAAACCUUGCUGGAGUCCGUGUUGUCCAGAAGAACCUCGUCUAUGUCAUUGGCCUCAACCCCACGAUACGAGAUGAAAGCCAACUUUUACAAACCUUGCGCGGAGACCAGUACUUUGGACAGUACGGUGAUAUUGAGAAGAUUGUUGUUAGCAAGGCAAAACCGGGUGGUAACCCAAACCAGGGCAUCGGUGUCUACGUCACCUUCGCUCGUAAAGCUGAUGCUGCAACCUGCAUUGCCGCGGUAGAUGGAUCGCCAAACGGUGAUCGUGUACUGAGGGCCCAAUAUGGAACCACGAAGUACUGCUCAUCGUUUCUUCGAAAUGAGCAAUGUAACAACCGUAACUGUACAUUCCUUCACGAAACUGGAGAGGAUAACGACAGCUUUAGCCGCCAAGAUUUAUCCUCCAUGAACACCCUAUCAUCACAACGUGUCCAUCCCAACCCACCCACUGGACCUGGUCCUUCCACAUAUUCCCCAUACACCCACCAUGCUCAACCUGUCAGACCCCCCUCACAUCCCAUCCAGAUCCCCACAGGCGCGCAGCCGAUGCGGAGACAAAAUAGCCGGGAUGAAGCUGGUAAUCGAAUUAAUACCGACUCUUCUGCUCUACCAUCAUCUGCAAGCUGGGCGAAUAAAGACUCCCAUGUUCAACGUGCACGACGACCAAGCUUGGCGGCUAGUCGCUCUUCCCCAAGCCCAAAAGGAUCGAAUGCUGUUGUGAACAAGAUUGAGGAUCUAAAACGUAGUGUUGAGAGGCAAUCUCAUUCUGCCCAAGAUUCUUCUCGCCAGCAAACCCCAACAAUACCAGAGGCCUCGGGUUCAUCUUCGCGUGCGAAUCGACCAGCCUCCCCGUCGCCGCCUGGCCUGCGCGAAAUUUCCGUGCUGGACGACUUGGUGAAAGCCGUAAACAGUCCCGACUUCCGUUUUAUAUUUUCAACUGCUGGCUUGUCACCUGAGGAGCUCGCGUAUAUUGAAAACCACCCUUCCAUGAUUGAUCCUUACGGUGGGGUGAAGCGUCGUGCUAUGCGUGAGAAAGCGGAGCAUGAGCGGGCGAACCAGGAAACUGACAACCAAAUGUUGCUUCACCUUAACACUAAUGAGGAAGAAAAUCUCGAGGGUGGCAGUUCGCAACUAGGAGGCGAGCCCGAAGAGAUGCAUUCAGCUGGUGCCUCGGGGCGGAAUACUAGAGAACCGCUUAGUGCCAUUCAGCCACCUUCGCAACAAACGACUACAGCAAAUUCUGCGAUUGGAUCGCCCGUCUCUGCUGGCCACCAGUUUCAAGGUCUAAACAUGGCUGGGAGGAGCCUCACGCCCCUCCAGCAACAGCAACUUCUGCUACUCAAAAACGCUGGCGGACAACAUAUGGGGUUAAUGGAUCAGUUGCAAUCGGCUUCCAUCUCCAGCUCAUUCGAGCACAAUCCUCAACAACGUGCAGCGGUUUAUCAGAACCAGAUGCCACAAAUGACUGGUGUGCAGGGACAUGCCAGGCAGUCGUCAAGAUUCUCGUUUGUAAAUGACGCCAAUGCCAAGAACGCAUCCAACCAAAGGCUUGUCAACCAGCAGGCAUCGACAAUGCAGAACGUUAACCCAAAUCCCCUUAAUGUGUCGACGGGCCAACAUGGUUUGGGAAACCAUUACUUCGUUAGUGGUGUUCAAGGACCUCCCCCUGGUUUGAAAACUGCAGGCACUCCCCCAAUUAGUGGUGGAGGAAUGUUUGCUCAGGGUCACGGCUUCACAAGCACAAUGAAUAAUAACCUGGGUCUUGGGACCAAGCAAGAUCCUAACCCUGACCUAAUGCGUGAACUUAUGCGUGGUCGAAGUGGCACGAGUGGUGGUGGCGGCGUUCAAGCGCAUGAGGCUGCUAAGCCAGACGAAGAUUUCCCUCCUCUAGGCCCUCCAACCAAGCCGCUUGACAAACGCCCUUUGGACACAUUCCGAAUUGCAUCAGGAUCCCGCGCCUCUCAUGGCUCCAAUGAUUCGCCCUAUAGGUCUGGUACCCCUGUACUGCCACCGGGUCUUCCCCUACCACAUGGGCACCCUGCUGCACCCUUCAUCCACGAUCUCAGCCCAUCGACUUCAGCCCUAUCGAGUCCUCAACCAGGACACAUCACUUUACGAAGUGGGUUUUCAACACCUGUACAGAAACUCAAAGAAUUAAACCCUUCAACACAGCCCACGCCGGACGCUCAAGCGUCGUCGGCCGCACCUUCCGUGCCUGCACGGACGCGAACGGCUGCAGAAAUAUCUUCUGGAUCUCCAAAACCUAAGUCCCUAGCUGCUAGUCGUUCACAGUCUGACAGUCUCACUGCAAAGAAAGACAAGGCUCGAGAGGCCAGUCCUGGAAAGGCCGCAGCACUUACUACAAAAGAUGGCAAACAGUCUUCUGAGACUCACGGCAAGCCAGUGCCCAUUAAACUCAAUCUUUCAAUGGCCACUUCGGGGCACGCUUCCCCUUCCCGAGCCACUACGCCUAAUCACAGUCUCUCCUCUAUACCACAAUUAACAAAUGCUGCAUCUCGCCCUAACACCCCGUUGAUUGGUGUCUCACGUGCAUCUGAUUCUCCCGCACCUCGUCAAGCUAGGGUGUUGCGCGUUGUUGACACAUCAAAAUCAGACACGCCUACCACGCCGCACAAUUCCACACCACCUACGAAACAUCUAUCACGGCAGCCCAGUCUUUCAACCAAUAGCCGCCCAGAUACUCCCAACAAUGGCGACUCUGAAUAUGACAUCCAUACCUCUGCAUCUGUCUCGAGGGCAAGUUCGCCACCACCUAGUCGUGUUGGCUCUGCCCCAGUUCGCACUAUCACGAAGAGUCAAUUGAAAAAAGAGCGGAAGCUCAAGGCUAAGCAAGCUGAAAUCAAAAAGGAAGAAACUCUUUCCACUUCCGUAGUUGCUGAAGAACCCGUCCAGGCGCCGAUCAUUGGCAGGAAACGCAAGACAAAGAAAGCACCGACACCAACCAGCGAACACCCACCUUCUUCUGGUGCUAAGUCUGAAACAAUAGAUAGUACUCCACAGUCUGCUAAAUCAUCCAAAAACAAGACCCAGAAUAAACCCGAGACAUCAACACAGGCCAAAGGAUCUGAUAAAACGACGCGCGAAAACGCCUCCAAAGAACAGACACCGCAAAGUCUACCCGCAGAAAAAGAUGAAAAAUCUGAACCAUGGAGGUCGAACAAUACGACUGGACAACUCUUGGCCGAUUCAGAAGCUAGCGGUAUACCAGUGAAGGAUCUUUUCUUGGAGAGAACAUCGCCGCUUCCAGUUCUACUAGCGCAACUGCAUCAAUCUGGCGAUCUUGAUCUAAAUACACAUCCACUUUUCAAUCCACCAAACCUCAACCAACGCUCAGAUUUGAAAUGUACAGCUGAUGACUACGAUAUUUUGAAAAAGCCCAUUGAACUGGCCGAGGAACAUAGAACAAGGUUGCUCCAAGGUGAACCGGUUCACAUCAACGCAGAAUCCGACCUCCUCAAGUAUCGCUGUCUAAUAACACCUACCGGAUGUGUUCUCCGCCACCUCUCCGAAGAAGAGGAAAACCGCUACCUUGAACUCGAGAAGAGCCUCGCAGCCGCAUGGGAGUCACUACAGGAAUAUCCAGCAUUAACUGUCACAGAGCCCGACGCUACCAACCGCGGCGGCGGACUAGAUGCGCUCUUUGCCACGCCUGAAAAGUUCAAUAUCCGCUGGAUCGAUGGGGUGCCGGAGAAUGGCCUCCUCUCCGGCCCUGCAAAGCCUUCCUCCUUGCCCUCCCCUCCCCCACUCAGUGCCAACGGCUUCUCUACCGGUUCUACAGCUUCGGAAAUUGCCGUUACCGCUCGUGCUUCCGCUUCUGCUGGCUCCGGGGUUACUCAUGCUUCUGUGCCCCGUUCAUCCACCGCGCCAAAAUUGGCGACGAGCGAAAGUCAUCUUGGCGUUAGCCUUGAGGAGCUCAUGAGCAUGUCUGAUGAGGAACUACGGGCAAUGAUCGAGGACGCACAGCGGGAGUUGGAGAGUUCGCGCAAGGAGGUGGAUAUGGUGGAUAAGAAGGUGAUGACUCUUGUGAAACGAAACAAGAAGCUGGUGCAGCAGGCGCUUUCUGCUGCGAUGGAGUUUGUGGGGUCGGCUUCAGAUAUGGGGUUGUGA